AUGAGUAGUAAAGACUCGUUCAGCCUUGAAUCCUUCCACCAGCUAUUGCGAGGUCGCGUCUUUUACGGCAACAUUGACUAUGGCGUAUGGCUCAUGCAGUGCAUCACUACCGCUACGUUGCCAAUCAAUCCCAUGUUUGCAGUGACGAUCAAAGAAUACGUUCAAAGUGUGUUCCAUGUAGACCGCAUUCAACCUAUUGCCGAGGAUAAGCUUGUGCCUUUCUUUGACAACCCGGAUACCAUCACUCCGGCUCAAGUGCUUGUUGCCUUUUACGUACUUCAAUUCCAUGAUGCAAUCAUUGCCUUCAAGACAGAUCCCAAAUUAGCAACGGCUGUACAUGUGCAAUAUCAAGAAUAUAGUUUCAUUGAUCGUAUACCCAUCCGAUCCAUGCUCAACCAUCUCGAGAAAGGCAGUGCAUAUCGUGGUAUUUAUCGAGACUUCUUGGCUAUGGCUGCCAACUUGUAUCCAGAGCUGUUCGAUGUAUCGGGUCUCUUAUUCCAGGAAGGUAAAGAGGAUCUUGCCGUGAUGGAUAGGGUAUGGAAUUAUGGCUAUCUAUCACUCGAAAAACUUGACUCUGUUCUUUCUAAAUGGCGACAACAUCCUGAUCAAGUUGCUUGUGCAUUGACAAACGUGAGUGCGAUGGAAAGCGUGAAGGUAAUACCUUACGCAGAAGUAUGCUUCUCAAGAUUAUUACGGCCUUGCCUAGAUGAAGAGGAUAUGCCAUCGGCUGUGGUGGAGACUCUACUUUCAACAUGGGAAUCAUUGCAUCGAGUCAUUCCUUACGAAUUAUGGGUGAUCACAGCAAAUGCUUUGCGAAGUAGCAAGAUGAAAGAGGACUAUACACUUGAUCUCAUUAUCAAAGCACCGCUUUCCCUCUUGAAGUGUGAUCCAGUCGUAUUUCGUUCAGAGCGAUUACUGAGUUUAUGGUUGCAUCUCAAUACCCGCAAUAUCAACGCGCUUACAAACGCCCAGGACUCAGCCAUGAUCCAAGCUCUUUUGGAACACUGCAAAGAAACCGAAGCUGACAAAGCAAAACUUGGAUCAUUGAGAAAAGCACAACAGCAAAUAUGUCAAUUCAUCCACAGCAUCUUCAUCGAUGACAGCCCAUUGCUGAUAGCCAAAUUGCUUCACUUUCAAACCUAUUCGAUCGAGCUUAUACCCACUGUUGUCGAAAUGAUUCCAUCCUUAUAUGCUGUUUUUAACUUUAUCCCUGAGCUGAUCAGACAACCACAACCGGAGAAGCAGGUGUUUGCAAUACUUUUGGCAUGUCAUUUGUGUGAAAAAUAUCCACUUGAAGCCUACUUGCAGAUUGCGGAGAAGCACGUACUUCCACGCCUGCUUAAAAUUGCCUUCCCUCCUCCAUCUACCACUUGCGUGCCGUCAGACUUUUUGGUGCAAGCGAUACCCGGGUUUGUACAUCUGUCAAAGGCAUUCCCUCACUUCAGCCCACAAAUUCUCCAAGCAUUCGAGCAGAUCAGCAAUGGAUUACCCGCACCAGCAGAGUUUGUAGGACAAGAAGAGAAUAGUAAGAUUAUUUUGAUCCUGCGUCUCCAUCAAGUAUUGAGCGAUUCGAGGGAUCUUGUUCAACAGCAAUGUAAAGAGACAUAA